AUGCACCAGCACGCCGUCACCACCGCGCUCACCGUGCUUCUAGCCACAGUGCCGACAGCAUGGGCGGCCGGCAUGUACAGCAAGAAUUCGCGUGUUCUGCAGGUCGACGCCAAGUCUUUUGACCGAUUGAUUAACCGCUCCAACUACACUUCGAUCGUCGAAUUCUAUGCGCCAUGGUGCGGCCACUGUCAGAGCCUCAAACCCGCCUACGAAAAGGCCGCCAGCCAGCUCGACGGUCUGGCCAAGGUCGCCGCCAUUGACUGCGACGACGACGCCAACAAGCAGUUCUGCGGCUCCAUGGGCGUCAAGGGCUUCCCCACGCUCAAGCUGGUGCGGCCCGGCAAAAAGGCCGGCCGCCCUGUGAUUGAGGACUACAACGGCGGUCGCACGGCCGGCGCCAUUGUCGAGGCCGUUGCCGCCAAGAUCAACAACCACGUCACGCGCGUCACGGACAAGGACCUCGACGGCUUCCUCGCCAGCGCCGACGGCCCCAAGGCCAUCCUCUUCACGGACAAGGGCACUACGAGCGCGCUCCUGCGCAGCAUCGCCAUUGAUUACCUCGGCGUCAUUGGCAUCGCACAAAUUCGAGACAAGGAGUCGGCAGCAGUGGCACAGUUUGGCAUUAAAAAGUUUCCUACGCUAGUCUUAGUGCCAGGCGGCGAGGGCCAGGAGCCCGUCGUUUACGAGGGCGAGAUGAAGAAGGCCGACAUGGUCAAGUUUCUGAGCCAGGCCGGCGAGCCCAACCCAGACCCGGCCCCGGCCAAGGCCAAGGGCGCCAAGAAGAAGAAGCCCAAGAAGGACGAGAAGCCCAAGACCGAAAAGAGUGACAAGGCAAAGGAGGCCGAGGACAAGCCACCCAAGGCCGAAGACAAGGAAGAACCGGUCAAGGAGGCCGAAACUAGCGACGAGGCCCCUCCUGCUGCUUCCACUCCUCAAGUCAUCGUUAUUCCUACCGCCUCUAGCAAGCAAGAAGUCGCCGAAAAGUGCCUCCAGCCAAAGUCCCACACCUGCAUCCUGGCUCUCGUCCCCGACUCCGAGACCCCCGAGAGCAAAAAGGCCAUCGACUCGCUCUCCCAGCUCAACACAAAGUACCUCCAGGGCCAGCGCAAGGUGUUUCCCUUCAUUGCCGUCCCCGACAGCGUCGACUCCGUAGUCCGCGCGAAGCUCGAGGCCGCCAACCCGGUGGAGCUCAUCGCCAUCAAUGUGCGCCGCAACUGGUGGCGCAAGUACGAGGGCGACUUUGGUGCCGUCAGCGUCGAGGCGUGGGUGGACGUCAUCCGCAUGGGCGAGGGGGCCAAGAUGAAGCUCCCCAAGGGUAUCGUGGAGGAUGUGGAAGAGGCGGAGGAGCAGGCCAAGGAGCAGCCCAAGACUGAGGAGGAGCCCAAGGUCGAGGAGGCCACCGAGGAGCACGAUGAGUUGUAA